CUAGCACGGUGUCUAAGCUCAGAGGUUUUUUUUUUUUUUCCAAUGCCGGUUCCAAGCAAGCAGACAAACAUCAGCCGUUCUCGUAGCUGGGAUGCUGCAGGUUGGUAUGAAGGCAGCUGGGAGGGAGACGUCUCGUCAGGAUAUCACAGAGCAGCCGGCAUAAACAAUUCUCUGACCUACAACGGAGAGGAAGCUUUUUACAAGCUGCCAAGCAGCAGAUCCCGCGAUAUUAUCGUGCCAGGCAGCUCGGAGAUAAAGACGGACGUCUGUUCCUACCCGGACGCAGAUAUCCGAGGUCAGCAAGGUCACUUAGUGCGUCAAGACCGCAGGCCAGCGAGGAAUAACUCGGUACCUGACUUCAGCUAUCCCUACCAGAGACAAGUGGCGAUGUCUGGGCGUGGAUCCGUGCAAACUCACGAUUAUUAUAAUGAGCCUUCUUUGCCGGGCAGAUCCCUGGAGGAUCCUCGUUAUUAUAGAGACCCAAUGCUUAACCGUGCAGGACAGGCUUAUGGGCCCCCAACCAGCCGGACAGCCUGGGAUCAGGCUCCUGCGCGUCCCUAUCACCCACAAGAAGUGGGUCGCCUGUACAGAGAUCCUGCGGGAAGAGUCAUGACUGAGGGACAGCGUUCAAGGAGUCGGGAUUCUUCCCCUGCCAGAUACGCCAUAGAAACUUCCAACCCCAGGUAUGGCUCAGAGGCUUCUACCUUCCCCAGUAGACAGCUUUAUAAUGAGAUGAUGGAAAGAUCCAUUGAUCCCUCAACAGGGAGGCAGGCGGCUCCUACCUGCCUUGUGGUGGAGCCCAAUGAAUCUGCUGCUAUGGACGGCACACUGGGGACUUCGUCUAUUCCAGCAAAUCGUGGUUAUCAUGGCUCAGCGAGGGAGAACGUUGGUGCAAAGAUGGCUUAUGACACCUAUGAUAACUCCGUAGCACCGUCUCAUGUCCAGCUUCCCAUGUCGCUCUCUGGAUCUGAACUGAAGAGGACGGUGGACAUGGAGUUCCUCGCCGUCCUUCGAAACGAAGGCCUUUCUGAAAGCACUAUUAGCGCAUUAAUACAGCAAGGGUUCGACACGCCCAGUUCAUUGGCUGUUAUGGAAGAGCACGACCUUAAAUCAGUGGCUGCUAAUCUUGGCCAGGCAAGAUUGCUUUUAGGACUUAUCAAGAGCUACAGGACGGAUCUGCAGAUGCUAAGACAAGACCAACACAAAAGCAACUCUCUGAGAUCCCGAGCUCGCUCCAACAGCUUCAGCCAUCGCGGUGAUCUCAUGCGCGGCGAUUUCAAUGCGCAGUCGCUUAACAGUCCUAUGAUGGACGGAGCUCUGAACCAACCACAUUCCUUGUCUCUGCAGCCAGUUUCGCCACGAAUGGCUGAACUAAACCGCCGGCCGUCUAGUGCUCCAUCUCAGCACCUGCUGGAAACUGCCAGCUACCCAACUUGUGGAAUGGCUGUCCAAAAUCCACAGUUCAUGCAAACAGCAGCGUACUCUGUUCCUGUGCAGCCUCGACCUGCUUCUGCCUACCCUGCUCAGUCCGGCAUCCCUAUGACUGUCGUACAUACUAACGUCAACACUGGGCCAAAGACUGCUUACCCUACAAGCUACACUGUACCCAUGGAGCUGAUGAAAAGGGAGCGCCUCCCACCCUCCUCUCCGGUGCACAGCCCACACUGCAGCCCACAACUGCUACGCAAACAGGGGAGCCAUCUGGAGACCUCAGUGAGCUUGCCACCCCCCAAUAUAGCCAGUCAGUCCUCUCUCCACUCACCUUACCAGAAAGCAAGCAGGCGGACCGGACCACCCAUCAUUGUCUCCACCAUGGCGUCUCCAGAGCCAAGUAUGAGGCCCCAGACAGUGAACGGUCCGAUGCACCCUCGCCCGCUCAUAGCGCUGUUGGAUGGAAGGGACUGCACAGUGGAGAUGCCCAUCCUAAAAGAUUUGGCGACUGUGGCAUUUUGUGACGCCCAAUCUACACAGGAGAUCCAUGAAAAGGUUCUGAAUGAAGCGGUGGGAGCCAUGAUGUAUCACACUAUCACACUGACCCGAGAGGACUUGGAGAAGUUUAAGUCUCUUCGGGUCAUAGUGCGGAUAGGCAGCGGUUAUGACAACAUUGACAUCAAGGCCGCCGGAGAUCUGGGAGUGGCAGUGUGUAAUAUCCCUUCUGCAGCCGUGGAGGAGACGGCCGAUUCCACCAUCUGCCAUAUUCUGAAUCUGUAUCGGAGGAACACCUGGCUGUAUCAGGCGCUGCGGGAGGGGACACGGGUACACAGUGUGGAACAGAUAAGAGAGGUGGCAUCUGGGGCAGCUCGUGUUCGUGGAGAGACUCUAGGCUUGAUAGGAUUUGGUCGUGUAGGACAAGCAGUGGCUGUGAGGGCCAAGGUGUUUGGCUUCAAUAUUAUCUUUUAUGACCCAUACCUGCAGGACGGGACGGAGCGCUCGCUGGGCGUGCAGAGGGUGUACACACUGCAGGACUUGCUUUACCAAAGCGACUGUGUGUCUCUGCACUGCAACCUGAAUGAACACAACCACCACCUCAUCAACGACUUCACAAUCAAGCAGAUGAGGCAGGGUGCUUUCCUGGUGAAUACAGCACGUGGAGGUUUAGUAGAUGAAAAGUCUUUGGCUCAGGCUCUAAAGGAAGGCAGAAUCAAAGGAGCAGCUCUAGAUGUGCACGAGUCCGAACCUUUUAUGUACGCUCAGGGUCCACUAAAGGAUGUCCCCAAUCUGAUCUGCACCCCGCAUACAGCAUGGUACAGUGAGCAGGCAUCCCUGGAGAUGAGAGAAGCUGCGGCUACGGAAAUGCGCAGGGCUGUCACAGGUCGAGUUCCAGAUAGCCUCAGAAACUGUGUGAACAAAGAAUUUUUAGUGGCAACACAGUGGCCUACACUUGACCAAACGGGGACCAACAUGGAUCUGAAUGGUACCACUUACAGAUCCGGGUGUGUGCAGCCUCUCCAGGGAGAGAAGCGCUGAUCGCUGCUUCCAAUAUGUCCCUUAUUGGCUCCAGCCAGCAGGAAUAACUCACCCUCAUCAUCCCUCAGUGCCCAUACCGUUCUGCAGCCUCGCUCACACAAGGGCUGCGCUGCAUUUAGCAAUAUAAAGCGGCUCUGGCGAUCGCACAGACCAUUGACUGAAAAAAAAAAAAAUGUUUAAAAAAAAAAAAAGGAAAGGACUGUAUCGCAACUUGGGACAAAGGUGCAGCUAACAACACGGUGAUCAGGUAAAGAACCAGCCGCCAGCACGCCCACAACCUACUGAGAAGCAGACACGACAGGGUACAGGAGCGAGCUCAUCAUCCAUUCCACAAUCCAUAGUACAACCUGUGGAGGGAUGAAGGGUUGGAUACAGGAACCGACCCCGCCUGGAAGGGAUCAAUUCGUGUGAUGUUUGUCUCUCGUCUGUCCUUAUGCUCCACUGGCUCAGGAAAUCUCAUAAGUCUAUCGUCUACAUACAAAGAGACUCUACUUUGUUAUUCUGAAUUCCACUUUUUUUCUUCCCAUUGUACCUUUAGGCCCUCCUAGAAUGACUCUAGUAUUCCACUUCAUACUGUGUGCUCUGAUUUUGACAUGGACUACGAAUUCAGGCGAUGGGACAGACAUGGCCCGCUCACUUUGAAGUAAAAUAAAAAUUUUAACAGAU